CCCGUGCGUUGAAUUUUCUUAUCGAUACAUCCACCCGCCCGCCCUCCCCACACAACGCGAUGCCUCGUUUUGACUACACCCAAGCCCUUGCGCAACUACAGGAGUAUCGUAUCUCGAAUGAACGUCAACCCGAAAAAGUGGCAUCCAUAGGGGCUGAGCUGUUUCGAGGACAGUACCUUGCAAAGCUGGGAGAUCAAGUUUGGCCUAUCCUUGAGCAGAUUACAAUAGCCGCUUUGGAUGUGGGCGACUUUACUCUAGCUAAUCAUUGCAUUGAUCAGUUAAAGUCACGGUUCUCGGAAAAGUCGUUGCGAUUUCGACGAUUAUUAGGCAUGCGCUUUGAAGCUCAAGGAAAAUUGGACGAAGCGCAGGCCAUUUACGAUUCCAUCCUGGAAGAGGAUGACACCAACAUGCUUGCUUCCAAACGCCAAAUCGCGCUGUUGAAAGCUCGCAAUAAACCCUUAGAAGCCAUUGAUACCUUGACGAAAUAUUUGGAUACGUAUUACGACGACCACGAGGCAUGGUUCGAACUUUGCACGCUGUACUUGUCGAACCAUUGCUACGAACAAGCCGCUUUCUGCUGCGAAGAACUCAUCAUGUUACAGCCCGGAAACCAUAUCUGUCAUCUCAAAUACGCUGAAAUUCUCUAUACCUUGAACCAUCUCCCGCUUGCCCUCAAACACUAUUGCCGUGUGCUGGAAUUAUGUGCGGAUCACGUUCGUGCCCUGUAUGGAUUACAACUGUGUGCAUCCAAACUGCUGGACUCAAAAGACGUGGACCAUGCCGCUGAUCUGCAUGCGCUAGCCACCGAGCGAUUAUUGAAGGUCUAUGAAAAACAAAACGAAACAUCCCGCAAACUCGUCCAGCAAUAUGUUGCAAGCGCUUAACCAUAGAACAUAUCGUACUGUUUUCUUUUUAAUAUACAAAUGAU